CAGUUCCUACAUCACUGCCUAGGAUCGGAUUAUUGCCACUAAAAGCUCUGAUGAGAUCUGCUAUAUUAAAUGUUUGCCAGAGAUUAAUGAGAGUUAAACGUGCCAUUGAAAAGACAGGGAGUCAGAGGAACAGUGAAGACAAGAAAAUCUUAACAGAUUUUGUGCUGGAGAGCUGCAAAGAUGAAGUCACCCUGCAGUGGCUGAAAGAAAACCCUGAGUCUGACACCUUCUUCAAAUAUGUAGACAAAUUUUUCGACACUGUUAAAUUCCUGGAAGAAAAGAUUAAGGAGGAAGAAAAGAAAAACCACUCCAACAUCAUUGACAUUACCUUUGUGGCACAUGGAUCGAUCAAAGACUCCAUGAUGUCAGCCAGCUCUCUGCUUCAGCCCGGAAUCACUGAUGUGCUCCUGUAUUCUCCCUGGAACUGUGCCAUUAGUGGUAAAAUAGCAUACUGCGUGGCUACGGGACGCAUGAAGCCUCGGCACAGAAAGUUUUGCUGUCUCAAGCCUGUUUGGAAAUGCCGCUUCUGCCCCCGCUGCUGCCACUGCCCCCGCUGUUACUUCCGUAACAAAAAACGCUGCAAAAUUCCUAAUGCAGGCCAUCAACCCACCAAACUUCCAGAUGAGUGGAACUCCAUGAAGAAGGCUGGAGACAAAAAGAUUCCCAACAUCAGCCUGAGUUCGCUGCAACCUGAAGAUGGUGCAUGGAAAGAAAUUGAGAGGCUUGAGACUCAGUACGGUAAAGCUGGGAGAAACCGCAUCGUCAUCCCGUUCCUCCUCCCAGAUAACAGCAAAAAAAGAGUCCCCUUCUCUAUUUUCACCAUGGCUCUAUCUGAGGUGCUCCUGUUCUCCAGGUUUGAAGCCACCCUCCAUCUCGCUGCCUGUCUGAGCAGACGUAGAAACAUGAAGAUUGAUGAGGAUGCUCUGAACGAGCAGUACGCCUGCUCCAUUGAUGACACUAUAAUGAUGUAUAAAGCGGACUUGCCACUACAUAAGCCUGAUGACCUGUUUAGAGCUUUUAAAACUCUAUUCGGUUAGACAGCAUGUCUUUUCUCUCCCCUCAGCCCAACCGGUCGCGGUAGAUGACCGCCCCUCCCUGAGCCUGGUUCUGCUGGAGGUUUCUUCCUGUUAAAAGGGAGUUGUUCCUCCCCACCGUCGCCGAGUGCUUGCUCAUAGGGGAUCAUUGAUUGUUGGGAUUUCUCUCUGGUACUGUAGAGAGUACCAGAGAGAAAGAUGUUUCGUACUGUAGAGUCUUUACCCUACAGUAGAAACAUCUUAAGGAGACGGGUUCUUUUAAUUUGGUGCUUUUUAAUCUUGAGUUGAACUG